UUAGCACUGGAGCCUUUCAAAACAAAUUUUGUUUCUUCGGAAAAAGCGAGAACCUCCCCAAAACCCUAGUCUCUAGAGAGCGAGAGAGAAUCAUGGUGGGUUCCGGUCCGGAUAAGGCUACGGUCACCCCCCUUGGCUCUCUAUUCCCGUCGGAGAAGCUCAAAGGCAUCGGAGCGCAUCAAAGCCGCCAUCGCCGACCGCCGCGGAGAAAUCGAUCGCCUCCAAACCUUCGUCGCCGACAACUCAGCCCUAAAGAGCUCGUCGCCAACUCCCCGACGAAAUCUCCACGAAAUCAUGGUUCCAUUUGGGAGUGCAGCAUUUUUCCCAGGCCGACUAAUCCAUACAAAUGAGUUCUUGGUAUUAUUAGGAGAUGCAUACUAUGCAGAGAGAACAUCGAAGCAAACAGUGGAGAUUUUGAAGAGGAGAGAAAAGACUUUGGAAUCUCAAAUGGGGGCUUUAAAAGCCAGUCUAUUGGAUUUAGAAACAGAGGCUAAGUUUUUCAAUUCCACUGCUGCCGAGGCUGAAGAAGGUAUUGUGGAAAUAAGGGAGGAAUACACUGAAGAACCUCAAGAUCCUCAGGAAGAUAUCAUGGAGAUAAGGGAAGAAUAUACUGAAUCAGCACAAAAUGUGUCUGAAUCGGGUCCACCAGGCUCAAAUUCUAUGACCACCUCUACAUUCCCUGAUGAAGAGGAUGAACAUCAUCGGAUAAUGGCAAUGCUGGAUGGGCUUGAAAAGGAAGAACUUGAAGCUGGCAGCGACGAGGAUUCUGAAUCUGGACUUGAAACUGAAAGUGUUUCCGGCAAUGAUGAAGAUGAAAAUUCUGAAGCUAGCGCUAGUGAUGCCACGGGCAAAAUUUCGGAGAAUCUUAAGCCAACUGAAGCAGUACAAAAGUCAAGAGGUCUGGAGGUGCUCCCAUCUACUGCAAAAUCCAUUGGCAGCGGCUCUCAUCAACAUCUUCCUGACCGCCCUUAUGGGUCUUCUAACAUUAUUGAAAAAGAAACUGCAAGAACGGGUUUCAGUGAUCAUAAGGCAUUUACAGGCUCCGUCAUUGAGCAUACUCAUAGUCUCCCGUCUAAACAGCCAGCUAACACGAGUAUGGACCAGGUGUUGCUGCUUAGUAGUCAGACCAGCUCCCUUUUAUGGCUUAAGUUGAUGGACACUAUCCCAUUUUGCAGCCCACAAAGCCAGUUUCCAGGUUCAAGAUGAUGAAAGGAAAUCGAUAAUGCAAAAUUCUGAAUCUUUUCCCCCCAUUCUUCAGCUGCUUAAAAGGCGUCUCUCUGGUAGUAACCUUGAUGACUAUGAAUUAAUAUUAAUGCCUAGCCAACUUGAGGUGAUAUUGAAGAUUAUGGGUGAUAAAGUUUGUCAUCAACAUUAUCAGUUGUCACAUGUUUAAUUUCAAACAUAACAAAAGCAUGAUCUCAUGAGAUUAUAAUAGAUAAAAAUAAAAUGAUUUAUAGCAGCAUUAAGUAAUAUGAUAUAGAAGAGUUUGGGAGGCUGGCAAAUGCGUGGGCUCUUAUGUGUGACAAAAGAAGUCAUCAAACCUACUUAGGCCAUAAUGAUCAGUUUGUUGUCUAUAGUUGACUAUGCCAUAGUAUAUUAAGAGUAAAAAUGGUUUUAAAAUAUUGGAAUAUAUGAUAAUGUUGGCGUGAAUAUCCUUGUUUUUGCAUAAUAGACUCUUAGAAUGUCAAUUAUAAGGAUAGGGUAUAUAGGUGCUAUAAAAAACAAGUGAAAUAAAAGUAUGUAUGUGCAACGUUGGAAAAUCUAUAAGAUAUCUAAGUGCUAAUCAGCCUGAAAGAGUAUUUGAGCGAUAAAGUACUCAUAGAUUUGUGACCAACAGUACCAAAGAAUAAU